AUUUUCAUUGCCCUUCUUAUUAUUACAAAACCCCCCUUUAUUGAUGGUCUUGUGUCUCUCCUUUUUCGUCUGCAACAACCACAACGAAAAACCCUUUUCUUUUCUUUAACAAUUCCAUUCAUUUUUUUUUCUGGGUUUCAAAAAUCCUCAAAAAAAAGCAAACCAAAGUUAUGUCAGGUCUGUAUAAUUCCAACUUCUCACCUGCAAGAGCUGCUUCUCCUCAGAUUAGAAGCACAUCAGAUGUUGACAGUCAGUACUUGUCAGAGCUCUUGGCAGAGCAUCAAAAGCUUGGACCUUUCAUGCAGGUUCUUCCCAUAUGUAGCCGACUGUUAAAUCAAGAGAUAUUUCGUGUCUCUAGCAUGAUGUCCAACCAAGGUUUUGGUGACUUUGACAGGAUGCGGCACAGAAGCCCCAGUCCCAUGGCUUCUUCAAAUCUUAUAUCAAAUGUUGCUGGGACAGGAUUAAAUGCCUGGAAUAGCCUACCUCAAGAGAGGCUAAGUGGACCGCCUGGUAUGACAAUGGAUUGGCAAGGUGCCCCUGCGAGCCCUAGUUCAUACACAGUAAAGAGGAUUUUGCGUCUGGAAAUUCCUGUCGAUAGUUAUCCAACUUUCAAUUUUGUUGGUCGACUUCUGGGCCCUAGAGGUAAUUCACUGAAGCGGGUGGAAGCAACUACUGGAUGUCGUGUAUACAUUAGAGGGAAGGGAUCAAUUAAGGAUCCAGACAAGGAAGAGAAGCUGAGAGGAAGACCAGGUUAUGAGCACUUGAAUGAUCCACUCCACAUCUUAAUUGAGGCUGAUUUACCUGCUAAUAUUGUUGAUAUGAAGCUCAGACAGGCACAGGAAAUUAUUGAGGAGUUGCUCAAACCUGUGGACGAGUCACAAGAUUUUAUCAAGAGGCAGCAGUUGCGUGAACUGGCAUUCCUUAACUCAAACUUCCGAGAGGAUAGCCCAGGCCCCAGCGGUGGAAGUGUUUCUCCAUUCAAUUCAAGUGGGAAACGUGUGAAAACCGGACGCUGAUAACCUCACAUCAUUCAUCUGGAACCACCUCUACCCUGCUCCAGUGUUUCUUGGUGCCAAGUAAACCUUUCAAUACAUAUUCAAUUCAGCACAGCUGGAAAGGAUAAGUCUAACAGUUCUGGCUGGUGAGCUCUCAACUGGUGGAUCUUUUACUUGUUUUUCCCUUAGAACAAAAGAAAAACAAAAAUUGAAAAAUAACAUUAAAAAAAAAAAAAAAAAACUCAAAAAAGAAAACAAAUUAUAUAGUCGGUCAUGGAGUUGUAGGUUUUGGUGAGGUGGGUAUUUCUCUUGUGAACUCAAUAUAUUCAUUGGAUUAAUUCUUGUGUUACUACUAGUUUUAAGAGGUGUGCAAUAUAUAAAUGCAAUAUUUGUGUUGCAAGCAUUAGACCUUGUGACAUAAAAGCUGGAGUUUUGUAGUGUCAUGUUCUCUGUAGUUUUUGUAUCAAGAAGUAGAGGAUGAAAGGUGGGUGGGUCUAUAUUCUUUCCAUUGACUGUUAUCUCAAGCAUUUCUUCUAUCUCUUGCUAUGAGAGAAACAGUUGAUCUAUUGUUUGUUAUUAAUUAUUAAUUAUUGUAAAUUUUAUGAGUAGAUAGAUGUGUCUUGUCUGUGGUUAAGACUUAAGACAGAAUCUAGGAAACAAAAAAUGGUAAUUGUUAUCACGCGUGGAAUCUUCAUACAACAUGUGUCUUGUUACGCCACGGCCCCCAGCCCAUGUGCUGCUCCUUAUUUUUCUGAAUUAUUUCAGGUUUAAACUACUUUUAGCUGUCUGGCCUGUUCUGCUUCCUAACUCACACCAAUUCAAGGGAGGCUUUGCAUGGAGAUUGGAGUUUUUAUUUUCAAGCCACAUUAAAAGGAGCAUGAAUGUAUGUUCUAGUCAUCUAGAUCGAGUUGAUACUUUAUUAAUUUAAAAAUCUUGAUUUUA